CUGAAGUGGGUUAUGGGAUUCGAUUUGAAGAAUUGUGAUGACGUGGUCAAUGAAAAAUUGGAUUUUUGAUGGAUUACAUCAAAAAUUGGAAAAAAUUUUAUUAAAAAUAUAACUUUCAAACUGAAAAUUACAGCUAGAGAAUUUAAUUAAACUGAAAAAUGCUGAAAUAUCUUCAGUUCUCAUCAGAAAUGUGAUUUUUGAGCGCGCCACAUCAUAGUUCACUUUUCUUUUUUCAAUAAAUUAAUAAAAAGAUUAGAAACCUAACAAGAUUAGGAAAAUGAUAUUAAAAAUCAAUAAUGAUGCAAAAAUCCAAUUGUUUUCAAAAAAAGUUAGUUAAACUUGAAAUUGAAAAUUAAAUCAAUAAAAGUUUGCAAAUCGAAAAAUCAAAGUCGAAAUAAAAAAAAGAAAAAGUGAAAAAACCCCGAAAUGUUUCUUCUCGAAACAAAAAAGACCAAAAAAAGAUAACACCAAAGUUUUUCUCCAAUUUUUUUACACGAUAAUAAUCUCAUAAAUAAGCGAUUGAUUGAUAACACCAGAAAGUGUACAAGAAAACGUUUUGGCAAAGAGAAAAAAUGUGUUGAAUGACAGUUUUGACUCCUUUUUUCUUGAGGCCGGAUUAAUUUUUAUCAAUAUUUUUUCUUGGUCAAAAAAGGCAAGGAGAAAAAAGAAGCAAAGAGCGAUCAAAGGUCUUCUGGGUGUCAAACUAGAGUCUAGUUAAAUUUUUAAUUUUGAAAAAGAUGAAUUUGGAAUUCCAGAGUUUUAAUUUUUUUAAGAAAGCUCCGAAAAAUCAAUUUCUCCUCAUUUUAAUUAAUCUUGUCCUCAAAAAAACGUAUUUCUUUUCAUCGAAAUUUUUUUCUUUAAAUCGAAAAAGAAAAUAAAUUAUCCGUGACCCAGAUAAAAAUGUGUCAAGACGUAAAAAAUUUGAAAAACGUGAGCCAAAAAUCAGAAAUCGCAGUAUUUCUCGAUAAUAAUGACUAGAAAAAAAUGUGCGAAAAAUGAAAAAUAGAAAAGGAGCAGCAAAAAGAAGAAAAAUAGAAAAUUCUACUAGAAAUCUCGAAUGGACUUGCCUACCAAAUAACUUCAGAAGCGAAGUCAUUGAAUAUUUGGAUCUGCCAAGCAAAGCCAAAUUCUCCAGAUGCUCCAAAACAUGCUAUAAAGAGAUUCUGGGCUCGAAAAAUUAUCUCAAAUCGAUAAAAUUCAGCCAGUCCUAUGCUCGAACCUAUGAAAUUCGAUUUGAAUUUUUUCAAGAUAAUAGGGAAUAUCGUAUAGAGCUGUACAAUCUGCAAGAAGAAGAUGAAGAUGACGAAGCAUUGUAUCAGUUCUUAUUUUUUGAGUGAGUAAAAAUAUUUAUAGCGCUAAAACCCACGCAAAAAAUUCAAGUUCCAACUUUUCAGAUUCGAAACAAUCAGAGACGAAUGGGAACUGAAGCGCAUAAACGUCAUCAAUUAUGCUGUCGCAUAUUUUCAGCGAUUAAUAGACUGUUCCACAUAUUUGAAACAAAUCGAUUUUGAUUUUCGUGACACUUUGAUUUUUCAAAACUUCAAAAAUAUCGAGAAAUUGGAGCAUUUGAAAACUUUUCGUAUUUUUGAUUUGCGAGAAAAUCGUGAAACAUUGGGUGAAAAUGGCUUUGAAGAUCUUGAACUUGUAAGUUUUACCUUCAAUCUACUGUUGAUUUUCAAAUUCAAAAUUUUUUGCAGCUCUCCAAAAUUCGGAAAAACAUCAUUGCCCCAGUGUCGAGUUUGAAUCUUGAAAAAUUGCUCAAAAUCACUGCGAGAAAAUCGAAGUUGUAUGAUGUGAAAAUGAGUCCGAAAGUGGUGAAGGAUUAUGUUGUCGCUGUUAGAGAUGGAAAAAUCAAUGAAAAUAUCAAGAAAAUUCGAUUGGACUACGAUAAAAAUCAGGAAACUUGGGAUCCUGAAAUGAUAUUUGAGACCGAUUCAUCUGAUUCUGAAGAGCACACGUUGAAAGUGGAUGUUUUGAACAAGGAAACAGAUCCCGAAAGGGAUAAAGCUAUCUGGUUUGAUUUGAACAUUCGAGGAAAACCAGAAAGAUACGCAAAGUUUCGAUUGACUCAAAAAUCAUUCUUGUUGGUUAUUCGACUACAGGAAAAGCGUCAAUAUUAUCGUGAACGAGCUGAAGAAUAUAGGGGAGAAGUUGAGAAUGAUGAUGAAUUGGAUAUUGAUUCCUACAAUCAUGGGAUUUCGGAUUUCACCCAUCAUUAUGAUUAUGGCGGUUGGUCCGACUUUGAAUUUUGA